AGCAGAUACUGACAGAUCAACGUGGGGUGGUUACGCACUGUGCUUCCUGGAAUCCCUCCUCUGUUGAACAGCCAAACACACACAUACACUAGUAGACACACACACACACACAGUGUGGUCCUGCGCUGAGGAGCUUGGAUUUUGGGGCUGAGCGUUCGUCUCCUUCUCUGGUUGGGAAACAUUUUUGGGAACACCUCAUCGUUUUGCUGGACUUACUGGAAGACCGUUUUUGCAGUGUGUUGGCAUGGCUCUCAGAUCAAACUCAAGCAAAGAGCCCAAUAUCGAGCUCUUCAUAAAGGCUGGUGUGGAUGGGGAAAACGUGGGGAACUGCCCCUUCUGUCAGAGACUCUUCAUGGUGCUGUGGCUGAAAGGAGUCAAGUUCACCGUCACCACCGUCGACAUGAAGAAGAAGCCAGCAGAACUGAAAGACUUGGCCCCAGGGACAAACCCUCCUUUCCUGCUGUACAAUGGGGACCUCAAGACAGACUUCAUCAAGAUAGAGGAGUUCCUGGAGCAGACAUUGGCCCCACCCAGGUACCCACGACUCAGCCCCGCGAACAAGGAGUCCUUUGACGUUGGCGCCGAUAUCUUCGCCAAGUUCUCUGCAUACAUCAAAAACAGCCCCACCAACAGCUUCCACGAGAAGGCCCUCUUGCGGGAGUUCAAGCGCCUGGAUGAUUAUCUGAACACCCCUCUCCCAGAAGAGAUAGACCACAACUCUACCGAGGACACACUCGUCUCCACCAGGAAGUUCCUGGAUGGAAACACCCUCACACUGGCAGACUGCAAUCUGCUGCCCAAACUUCAUGUCAUAAAGACUGCAACGAAGAAAUACUGUGACUUCGACAUCCCAGCCCAUUUCACAGGCGUGUGGCGGUACCUGCGCAACGCGUACGAGAGGGAGGAGUUCAGCCACACCUGCCCAGCCAAUGGCGAGAUCGAGAGGGCCUACCUGAGCGUGGCCAGCAAGAGGAAAUGAACUUCCUGUUAACUCCUGCAUUUAUUGUCCUCUUCGUGUCAACCCAGGAACAAACCCUGAACCACCAUGAAUCUCUAACAAAGGACUGUGUCACAGUUUGAAAUAGU